AUGUCCACACCAAUUCCACAACCUCCAGGAACCUUUUUCAUCGGCAAUCUAAAUGAAAUUGAUUCCAAUUAUGCGAUAGGAUCACUUCGACGACUUCAUACGUUAUAUGGUGAUAUCUAUCGUUUGACAAUAUUGGGAAAAAAUAUCGUAGUAUUAUCUAGUCAGGAACUCGUCAAUUUCGUCUGUGAUGAAUCAAGAUUUGAGAAAGAGCUUGGUAAACCUUUGAUAGAGCUCCGUGCUGUUACUGGUGAUGGACUCUUCACUGCUCAUACAUCAGAGCCUAAUUGGAAACUUGCACACAAGAUUCUUCUUCCUGCCUUUGGACCCAAUGCAAUUCGAGGUAUGUUCUCAGAGAUGAUGGAUAUUGCUUCACAAUUAAUUUUACGAUGGGAACGCUUUGCUGGAGAAGAAAUAGAUGCCUGUGACAAUUUUACAAGAUUAACAUUGGAUACAAUUGCACUUUGCAGUUUCGAUUAUCGAUUCAAUAGUUUCUACCACAACAAAAUGCAUCAUUUCGUCGAUGCUAUGGUCAAUGUUCUCAGCGAGAGUGGUAACCGUGCUCGACGAUUAUCUCUACAAAAUACACUUAUGCGUGGGACUGCAAUGAAGUAUCAGGAUGAUAUUGCAUAUAUUCAUAAAUUGUGUGAUGAAAUCGUACAACAGAGAAGAGAACAUCCAAGUGAUAUCAACGAUUUACUCAAUCGAAUGAUUAAAGGAAAAGAUCCAGAUACUGGCUAUCAAUUAUCCGAUGAAAAUAUUCGUUAUCAAAUGGUCACUUUCUUGAUUGCGGGACACGAAACAACGUCUGGACUGCUUUCGUUUACUUUUUAUUACCUUCUCAAGAAUCCACAUGCCUUACAAAAAGCACAAGCAGAAGCUGACCAAAUUGAUGAAAUCACUAUUGAUACUCUGCCCAAAUUAAAGUAUAUCGAUGCAGUACUUAAAGAAACACUUCGAUUGCAGCCUACAGCGCCGGCAUUUGGCUUGCGAUCGAAAGAAGAUGAAGCAAUUCUUCCUGGUGGCUACAAAGUACAUAAAGACGAACGCAUAUUAGUCCUAUUACACCAACUACAGCGUGACCCAAAAGUAUGGGAUCGUCCAGAAGAAUUUCUACCUGAACGAAUGCUCAAUGGAGGAUUCGAAAACUUGCCGCCAAAUGCAUGGAAACCUUUCGGAAAUGGUCAACGUAGUUGUAUUGGCCGACCUUUCGCUAUACAAGAAAGUCUUAUAGCUGUCACACUCAUUCUUAAACACUUUAAUAUUGAAUUUGUUGAUCCUAGCUAUGAUCUUCGUGUUAAACAGACGUUAACAAUCAAACCUGAAGGCUUCAAAAUUCGAGUUCGACCACGUCAGCGAGGAAAAAUUCCAUUAGGUAUCAACACUAAACAAACUGAAAACAUACCUGUUCAUAUACCGUCGGUCGAAACAAAUAAUAUUAGACCAAUGUCAAUUCUCUUUGGUAGUAAUUCGGGUUCAUGUGAAUCAUUUGCCGGAGCAUUAGCCUCAGAAGCACCUGCAAAUGGAUUCAAUGCCACAAUUUCAAAUCUCGAUUCUGCCAUUGGAUCUCUUCCUUGUGAUCGACCUAUCAUUAUAGUCACUUCUUCGUACGAAGGCAAACCAUGUGAUAAUGCAAAACAAUUUGUAGCUUAUCUCGAAACAAAGCCAGAACUCAGAAUCAAUUAUGCAGUAUUUGGGGCUGGUCAUCAUGAUUGGGUGAAUACGUAUCAAAAGAUACCGACUUAUAUCGAUGAAACGCUUGAAAAAGCUGGUGGAACAAGAAUUGUCGAGCGUGGAGUUGGUGAUGCUGGUGGUGAUUUUUUUGGAGCGUUUGAAGCUUGGAAAGAAAAUCUUUUUCAAGUUCUACGUAAAACGGAUGGAUUACAAAGUGUUAUUAGCCAAGAGAAACUAUCGAUCGAAAUUGUCAAUUCAACAAGAAAUCUUGGGCAAAUAACCGAUGUUGGAGUUGUCAAAGAGAAUAGAUUACUUGUUGAAGCAAGUGAACUUGGACCUGGAAAACGACAUAUCGAAAUUGAAUUGCCAAAGGGUCAAACUUAUCGCACAGGCGAUUAUCUUGCUGUGUUGCCAACCAAUCCAUUUGAAGUCGUUAGUCGAGUUCUUAAACAAUUCAAUUUAUCUACCGAUACCCAAAUUAAAAUUCUUUCAUCUACAGAAACUUUUCUUCCGACUGGUUAUCCAGUGAAUGCAUCCGAGAUUUUAAGUGGCUAUGUUGAAUUGAUUCAACCGAUAAGUCGAAAGCAACUACAAACACUUGCUGCCGUGUGCAAAGAUGAAAAGGAACAAGCACAACUUUCAAGUCUCGCCGGCAAUACAUACCUAACUGAGAUUCUCGACAAACGUCUUAGUAUACUCGACAUUCUCGAACUAUAUCCUUCAUGUGAUCUAUCAUUUUCACAUUAUUUUCGUAUGCUACCAUCACUUCGUGUACGUCAAUAUAGUAUUUCUUCUUCGCCUCUAUGGAAUUCAGAAGCAGUGACACUUACAAUUGAUGUACUUGAUGCUCCGGCAAAAAGUGGAUAUGGACGAUACUAUGGCGUUGCUUCAAACUACCUUGCCAAUCUGCAAAAAACUGAUCGUCUCAGUUGCAGUGUCCGAGCGAGUAACGCAAAUUUUCAUCUGCCUGCAGAUACCAAAGUGCCCGUAGUUAUGUUUGCUGCUGGGACUGGAAUUUCACCAUUUCGUGGUUUUAUUCAAGAACGAGCAGCACAGUUGAUAUGUGGCAGAGAAGUAGGACCUACCAUUUUAUACUUUGGAUGUCGAUCACAAAAAGAUUUCUUAUAUUCGGAUGAACUUGAGAAAUGGUCGAAAGUCGGUGCAGUACAAGUGAAACAUGUUUUUUCUCGUGAAUCAAAUGGUGACAAAAAGUACGUUCAGAAUUUAGUUUGGGAAGAUAGAAAAUAUAUCAUCAAAUUGUAUUCGGAAGGUGCACGUUUUUAUACUUGUGGUAGCGCAACAAAACUUGCUGGAUCAAUGAAAAACUGUUUUAUUAAGAUCAUUGCGGAGCAUAAACAAUGCGAUGAACAAAAGGCAACAGAGAUUUUAGAUAAGAUCUCUGUUAGUCGAUACAGUAUCGAUGUAUUUAUAUGA